AUGUCUGUAGGUUCAAUCCAGAAGGUUGCGGACGUUUUUAAUCCUGCGGGAUUCGCAAAUUUCGCAUGGGGAGCAACUGCGUAUCAAGACUAUGUCCCUGGGGACGUUGAGCAUUUCAAGGCCUGUAAGGUUAUUGAGUGGAUCGUAUCAGAUUUGCCAGAGGCGAUCAAAGCGCUCCAGGGCUCGGACUUCAAGGAAUGUCCCAACAAAAGUUUACACCAGCAAAUGUCAAAGGGCUGUCUGGUCGAGCAUUUCAAACAUUCCGCAUGCAUUCCCGACUAUCAUUUCCAUGCAGAUGGAGGCAUCAGUCUGAACCUCUAUACGGUGUCAGUGCUUCCACAGGCUUGGUCUAUCUCACAUCAUAGCCAGUCGGUGACCGUUCAUCUCUACUCUACGCAUAUGGCUGGGAGGGAAUCCAGUCUCCAAGGUGUGAGGAUGUUCAAACUGCAUCACUUUAUCGAGACCAGACUCAUUGCAUUAGCUCGCACUAUAUGCUCGCGCGAACCUGAGGAGCUGAGAGUGGCACAGAGGGAGGAUUUGGAUUACUAUACGCGCCAGAUCAUAAAAAGCUACCGAUGGGAGGAUCUAAAAAGUGGGCUGGAUCGGAAGUAUCUUCACAUCGGAAUAGGGAUUGUUGAAAUAGCAGUUUCCGAUCAUAAGAUAAAGGAUGCAUGUAAACAAAUCUACAAGCUAUAUGAAUCGUCAUUGCAUCCGUGCGACAAUGGAAAUUCAUGCUAUCUGCAGCCUCUACCUGCUUAUCAUUUUCACAUUAAAGAAGACAAGCCUGGGUCUGUGGAGACGAGUAUCAGUCUUCACGGAAUGCCAACAGUUUUCACGGACUUGCCUACCCAGAUACCGAAUGAUCCUAAACCUGAAAACUCUAACUACGUACUUGUGACUGAUGACUGCCUGCCAAAUUCUUCCGGCAGUGAUGCCAGGGGCUCUUCUGAAAAUCAUAAUGACACCCUUCGGGUGGGCAGAACACAGAGUACGGCAAAAGUUCUCACAUUAGCACGACAUACUGAGUCUUUGAUUCUCCGGUUGUGUCUCAAUAUCGACACCGAUUCUGCCUCAGUCUUCUUUAAGGCCAUCGAAGACAUCGUCAAUUACUAUGGGGAAAAUGCCGACAACACUGCUACUUGGGAUCAGUUACUACGUGAUUUAGGCCAUAAGAACGCGUACUACGAAGAGUAUAUGAGAAAGCAAAAGAGUGACUGGAAGCAAGAGCGUUCGAUUCAGGAACAAGACACGCAUCAAAAUUUUAUCAGAUGGACGCAGCGCAAGAAGUAUGUGCAGAUGAAGCUUUGCAAGAAACCGAAUCAGAAAAAACCUCCCUCCAACAAGAGCUCAGUUAGUCUGAAUGAGGGGAAUGAGUAA